CUUUCCAGUUUCCCCAACACAAGAGAAACGCAUCACGCACACACAUACACAGUCUCUCUCUCCUCCCUAUCUGCUCUGUUGUACCAAUAUUUUCUCUCUCCUCUUCUCGUUUCAUCUGAAUCAAAAAUCCAAUUCUCACUCUCCCAGCCCAUAUGGCUACCACCGAAUUCCAGGACUGGGAGCUCCUCCACUCCAGCUCUGACUCCGAUUCCGCCCCGCUCAGCUGCCCCGACUCCGGCGAGUCUUUCAACGAGAUUGAUGCCGGAGGUUUGAUCCAGGUCAAUUAUUUCUCCUUGGAUGCUCAGAAUAGUUUCGGGGAGGACGUGGAUGAUGAUGAUAAAUCCGCUGCCGAGUCCGAUAAUCCCAGCUGGAUCGAUCCCGGGUCAGAGGGGAAACCGACCCGGUUCAUCAAUAGGGAGUCCGGCGAGUUUUGGUCCGAUUCCGGCAGCGACAGGUCCGACGACAGGAAAUUUGGCGAAAUGGAAGCGCGAAAGGAAAUGAUUCUUUCCCAUGACGUGGAAAGGGAAGUUAGGGUUGAAGGAGUUGGCGAAAUAUUGGAGGAGGACGGGAAAAAGGCGGAGGAUUUGGGAGUCGAUAUUAGCUCCACUGAACACGGAGACGUUGCGACGGAGGUGGACUCGCGCCUCGAGCCGGAGGUUUCGUGCCAACAAUAUAAUGACAUGAAGAGGAACGAGAGUGGGGAUGAGGUUAUGGAGGAUGGCGGGAGCAAGGAAAAUGGCGAGCUUAAGAAGAGGAGCGUGGUGUGGUGGAAGAUGCCGGUAGAGUUUCUUAAGUACUGUGUGUUUAGAAUGAGCCCUGUGUGGGCCGUCUCGGUUGCAGCUGCUGCUAUGAUGGGGUUUGCCAUUUUGGGCCGAAGGCUGUACAAGAUGAAGAAGAGGACCAAGGGAUUGGAGAUCAAGGUUACUGUUGAUGGCCAGAAGGUAUCUCAAGUUAUGAGCCGUGCUGCCCGACUGAAUGAAGCUUUCUCGAUUGUGAGAAGGGUUCCAGUGAUUCGACCCUCGCUGCCUGCUGUUGGCUCGACUACCACCUGGCCUAUAAUGAGUCUUAGAUAACUCAACAAAACAUAUUGCGUGGAAGACAAGAGACACGGUGUUGAAUUGAGCAAAUGCGUAGGCCUUGGAUAUUUUACUGUAUAUUCUGUGUGUAUAUGCUUCAUUUUGCCUUUUACAACUGAUAAGUUUGUGUCACAUGGGUAUAUUUUGAGAACUCCACAUGUUGCUUUCAAGCCAUUUGGUUGGGUUGGAUGUGCUAAAAUGCGAUCUUUCAGUAUACUGACGGAUACAGUUGAUUACUAUCUCUUGUUCUUUAUAAUCAUUCACCUCAUAAACUGAGGAAGAAUUCAUGAUUUUCUAUUUUGUUUAUUUGAUUGAUUGCUUUUUCAGUAGUUUUUCUCAUUCUACUCAUAAUCUCCAGCUAACUGACUCACAUUUAUUGUAAGAAUUUAUUCAACAUGCACUAAAAAUGUUAAUUGUACAACCACAUGCACAUUGGCAUCAACGCAACUUGAUACUUGACUUUAUGCAUAUUGUAGAACAGCAGUAAGCAGUUUUGCCUACUUUUCGUGGUCGGUGGUCCACAUAACCUGCAACUAUUAUUAGGGGUAAGAAAAUGUUGCAGUUACAGACCCCACCAUCAUCAUCAUCCUCGAGCUUUGCAUUUCUGCAACGGUGGCCCACACAGGCAAUCAUUUCCGGCAAAAGCACUAGCCGAAAACUUUGUCGCCGGCAGCUGACCACACAAGUGAUUAUAACUCACGUUCAACUUCGACAGGCCUGUCACAGCCUUAGGCACCUUCCCGAACAACGAAUUCCUCGACAGAUCCAGAAACCUCAACGUCCUAGCAAACUUGGUACUCUCCAAGUUAAAUUUCAGCUUGUUGUUAGAAGCAUAAAAGCCCACGAGAUAAUCUGUCCUGUUCAGAAGCUUCGCCGGGCUUCCAGUAAUCUCGUUCUCGGACAAGUCGAUGUAGUCGUAAAAGUAAGUCUCAGUCGGAUUCCAGUCGUCGAGUUUUAUCUUGAUUCCGCAUUUCGCCAGUUUCAGAGAGUAAAUGAUGGGCGAAACCGUGACCCAUUCCGGGAUUUCGCCUAGAUGGAAAUUAUUGUAAGAUAAAUCGAGGGACUCGAUACCUCUUACGUGCAAUUUCGGAAAAGGGUCGACUAAAUUGUUGCGCGACAGGUCAAGAUUGAAAAUUUUGGUCAGGUUCGCGAAAGUCUUUGGCACGGUUCCGGAGAAUUUGUUCCGGGAGAGGUCCAGCGUGUCGAGGGCCCGAAAUUUUCCGAGAAAAUCAGGGAUCGGGCCGGUCAGGGAAUUACCUCCCAGCUCAAGAUAGCGAAUGUUGGGGGCGGUUGCUAAAAUGCUUGGGGGAAUCGUCCCGGUGAGCAUGUUGCCCGAGAGGCGCACGCUUAUGAGGCUGGUGAGGCCCGAGAAUAUGUCGGGAAUUGUGUCGGACAGCUGGUUCCGGUCCAAAUGCAGCUGGGUCAGAUUCCUCAGCCGCCGGAUGCUGGUGGGGAUGGUGCCAGAGAGGCGGUUGCGGCCGAGCUGCAGCCGGGUCAGCUGAGUCAACUCGCCGACAGCACUCGGUAUGGGCCCGGAAAAUCUGUUUCCUUCCAGGUUCAGCACGUCGAGCCGGGCAAUCCUCCGGAUGUCAGCGGGUAUGGGCCCGCAUAGCGCGUUGUUCUCGAUGUAGAUGAAGAGAAGAUUGGGAAGAGUAUGGAGAAAGUUGGGGAAAGGCCCGGUUAAGUUGUUGAGGUCCUGGAGAUAGAGUCCAUCCAGAUACCGGAGCUUGGAGAGGGAGGAAGAGAUGGUGCCCGACAGGCUGGUUGUCAGGUUUCCGGGUCGACCCGAGAGGCUCAGGGCAGUGACCCGGGAUCCCGACAGACACGUCACGCCUGACCAUUGGCAGCAGUCGGUGCCCUUCUUCCAGGAGGCCAGCAUGCCGGACGGGUCGGACCGGAUGCCCGAUUUGAAACCCAGCAGCCCGGCCUCAUCGUCCACGUGGCACCUGGCCGAUGCGGAUAAGAAGCAGCGGAUGGCCAAAACAGCAAAUAUUACAAGGAUUUUUGAGGGAAGAGGAUUUGGGGAGUUCAUUUUUUAAUUUGGAAGAAUACAAAAGAAAAUAUUGGUGGUGCAAUAAAUAGAAAAGUCCACUACGCAUCCAGUUGUGGAAAGGGGCCCAAACUCCAUGAAGAAUUGUGAAAAAGCGAAACCUUGUGCCUGUUGGGUGGUUAAAUUUGCAUCUUUUGAUCAACUCCAGUGUCAGUAUUGGUGUUUGAGACCUAACAUAACAUGCUAACAUGUGAACGGAUUGGUCCGCACUUCCUGCAAACAAGUUGGCAUCCUAAUUGUCAUUCUAUUCUUCUUAUCUCUCAUCCUUUUUAUUCGUUUUAUUAUCAUUUAUGUGCAAUUUAGUAAAAUUAGAUCACUGGUUUUUUUUAGUGUUUACCUUGGUAGGAUCGAAUUUAUCACUCAAUUUAGGUUGUUGGUGUUCUUUAUAGAUCAUGUUUUGUACUAAUAUGCAGUGCAAAUGCUUUUUUCUUAAUUGUGUUAUGAUGAACCUAUCAUCC